GUCUAAACAAUACCAAGAUGCGCAGUGGGCGUGCUCAGUGACCCCAGGGCGUUCGGUGUAAAUACAAGAUGGCGACAAGCAGAGUGGGAGACCUCCUAAAGGAGCUACCGUCUUUUAAUCAAAGAAAUUUCUCUAAAUACUACAGAGAUUCAACUUGUAAACCAACUAACCGGAGACCACUGGUUUAUCUUCCUACUACAGAAGUAUCGACCGCAGAACAAAGAAUUGUAACAGACAAAACAAACAUAUUGCUUAGAUAUCUCCAUCAACAAUGGGAAGUAACAAAUACAAGCAAAAAGAGGGACACAGUCAGCGCAGAUCUACAAGAGUCAGAGGAAAUGCAUCCAUCAAGAAAAGUGCCACGGGUGGAUCUGAAUGAUGAGUCACCAGAUUGACAGGAAACUAAAUAACAUAGUGUUUUACUCAACGGAGAAGCCCUCACUAGUAUUGCCGUGCAUUGUCAGAUCUCUUCGAUGGGAAUUUUCCACAAUGAUGGUCAACAUUGUAAAAUCUUUUUUUACCAAAAUAUUCCUCAAUCCAAGUUGACUCAAUACACUUUAAACUAUAAUGGUGGCCUACUUUACUUUCAAAUACCAGCACGUAAAUGUUAGGGAAUUUGAGUGGCAAUGUACAACAUCUAUCAAACCUAACCUAACAAGAUUGCAUCCCUAGGGAUUUUUUUUGCAUUUUUUUUCUUCUCUCUCUUUAUAAAUAACUAACUCUCUCUUGUUUUCUCUUAAUGUGAUUAUAACUCUUAUUUGAUGUCACAAUUUCAGGAGAGAAAGCAAAGUGCACCCCUCUGUUCUUAAGGCUUUGAAUUGCUCAAUGCAAUUGAUAUUAUCCUUACAGUGUCCUCAUUUUAAUUUUCAGUCAGAGCUCAAUUAUCAACAUUUCAAAACUAAUUUAAAAUGGAUGGAUGAUGAAUAACAUUUUGGUUUGAAAAACCCUCGAUUUCCAGCUUGUUUCUGUGAGCCUACAGUAAGCAGGUUGAAAUAGAGCCUAGAAAAAAAGGGUGCCUGGAACAUAACUUGUCUUCUUUUCUUAUUUGAGAAUCUUUAAGUAAAUGAUUGAUCAAAUUAAAAAUUUCAAAAUCCUUCCCAAGGUUUUGAAGUGUUCCCUCCCCUAAAACACGAUAAAAAAAUAGAAUAAUUUAGGUCUGACUUAUUAGUGAUAUGGUAACUUUAAACAACCGUGCAGUAUCACAUCCUUUAGCAAGUGUCUACCCAAUAUUUGCUGAUGGGGUGCGCAGUAAGCUGUAUUAAGGAAAAAGACUAGUAUUUGAUAACCCUUCAAUAAGAGAUAACCCAUUUUUUGGUGGGGGGAGGUGAGCUCCUUUCUCGUAUAAUUGAACAAGCUCAAGCCUUGAAACAAGCUCAAUGGGUUUUGUCUCUGAAAGAACCUACUUCACAAACAGAAGGGACUUAUUUUAAAUGUAUGAGCACAAACAAAAGGGACUUAUAUUAAAGUAUGGGUUGUUCUCCUUUCUGCCCUGAAGAAGUAUUGAUUAAGACGAAUUUUUGGGGGGUGGACUGGAUUCUUUCAUACAUAAAAGAGACUGGCAUAUUGAUUGAAUUGAAGAAGCCCAUUAGCUUUUUUCGAGGUUUCAUGUAUAACUUAGGGACGGACCGACCAUUAGAAAAGUGAAAAACUAAUUCACGUCUUAGAGACAAGAAAAAAAAAAGAUGCACGACUGAAACUUCCCCCCUUCACAUUUCUAAAGGUCCGUCCCUUAGGAACUAACAGAGACAAUUCUUUUGUUUUUGUGAAUGUUUUGUAAAUAUUAAACAAUUGCUUCUGCAAAUGAAA